UGAAAUACGUGUUUAGUGUGGUUUAUUGGCCUAAACCCAGUCGCCUCUGGUCCGUGCGCGGAUUACUGAAGCAGAUGUAGCUUGGGUUCAUCUUAAGCUCGACAGCGCGCGCAAACGCAGAGAAACUCCCGCCGAAGCGCUGAGAGCCACGUGACUCGCUCAUAUAAAGAUGGCGGCUAUUAAAGAGGAGCGUGAAGACGCGAGGAUCGAAGACGCGUUCGGAGUCAAAGCAGAAGAAACCGAGGAACAAACGGGUCUGAUGACACUGAAAGAGGAGAGUGAAGUUCUCAACGAAACGGAUGAGAAAUAUAAGCUUGAGAAACAUCACGAGUUCAUACCUGAAGAAAAACCGUUUAGUUGCUCACAGGCUGAAAAGACUUCACGAAAAAGAGCUCAAAAGACAAGAAGCUGUGAAAAGAAGCAUUUUACCUGUCAACAGUGUGAGAAAAGUUUUAACCUAAAAGGAGACCUUAUCAGACACCGGAGAGUUCACACUGGAGAAAAGCUGUUUCCCUGCCGAAGGUGUGGUGUAAGUUUUACUCAAAAAGGAAGCCUUAUCAGGCACACACGAAUUUUCAUUUGGCAGACGCUUUUAUCCAAAGCAAAUUACAGUUGA